CUAAUUUCUCGAUUAGGAUUUCGGAGGACCCAUUUGGAAGCUGCAGUCAUCCACGAAAGUCAUCUUCCGCCCUUUCCUACCUUGCAGGGUGGUUGUCCGUAUUUCAGCAAAGCCGAUCUUCCCCAAUUUUUCCUGCAAAGGAGGUCUGCGUUCGAAGAAAAGGAUGAGCGAAGGUGGAAAACGCGGGUCCGCGGCUGCAGACAAGGAAGAAUUUGUGAGUUUCUUCCCUCAGAUUGUCAGGGAUCUGACAGAAGACAAGCUUCACCCACCCGAACUGGCUGAUGCUAUCACCAGGCUGAAAAAGGUGCUAGAAUAUAACGCUGUUGGUGGGAAAUAUAACCGUGGGCUAACCGUGGUGGCUGCGUUUCGGGAACUCGCAAAACCAGAUCAGCUUGAUCCGAAGAGUCUCCGCGUUGCCCUUGUUGUGGGCUGGUGUGUUGAACUGCUCCAGGCCUUUUUCCUGAUUGCAGAUGAUAUCAUGGACUACUCGUUGAUUCGCCGGGGCCAACCCUGCUGGUACAAACAGGAAGGGAUCGGCUUGGACGCCGUGAACGAUGCCUUCUUGGUUGAGGCCAGCGUUUACCGGCUGUUGAGACAACACUGCCGAGAUCAGCCGUACUAUCUGAAUUUGCUGGAGCUUUUCCACCAGAUAUCCUACCAGACAGAGCUGGGACAAACAUUAGACCUUUGUCAGAUCGAUUUGAAUUGCUUCACUGAAGAAAGGUACAAGGCGAUCGUGAAGCACAAGACGGCGUAUUAUUCGUUUUAUUUACCGGUGGCGGCUGCUUUGUAUAUGGCUGGCAUUGACAGUGAAGAAGAACACGCACACGCCAAGGCCAUCCUUCUUGAGAUGGGGGAAUUCUUUCAAAUCCAGGAUGAUUUCCUCGACAGUUUUGGGGACCCCAAAGUCACUGGCAAGAUAGGGACAGAUAUUCAGGACAACAAGUGCAGCUGGCUGGUGGUCCAGAGCCUCAGACAGGCAUCCCCGGAGCAGAGGAAGAUUUUGGAGGAGAACUACGGCCAAAAGGAUCCGGCAAAAGCGGCUCGUGUGAAGGCACUUUACGAGGAACAGGACCUCAAAUCCAUUUACAAAGCCUGCGAAGAGAGAAGUUACCAACAGCUCUUGGCUUCAGUCGCCCAGCACGCCAUUCACCUGCCCAGCCAGAUCUUCCUCGCUUUGGCCGAAAAAAUCUACAAGAGGCAAAAGUGAUCGCUGAAAGGGAAACCUGCCUGGAGCCACGGACUGCUUUUUAAUCCGUUUUUUCCCCCCCCAGCUGGGACUUGAGAUAAAAAAAUUCUUAGAACGGUCAGAGGCUAAUUCACAAGGGGCAAAAUACAUGGCAGGUCCUGAGAGAUGAACAGGAAGAGAAGGAAUAUUUUCCUGCCUCCUGUUAGACCCCCCGUGGGAUUUUUUUUUUUCCCGGAUAGGUGCACUAUUUAGGAAGGCUGAUAGAUUUAUUUUUCCUUGUUUCCAAGGCGAGAGAAAAACCCAGCCGUGUUUCUAAGGGAUGCGGGCUGCCUUUUCCCGUUCCUUCGUCCUCCCCUAACAUCAGACAGGGCCGUGAAGCCUUGCUGCCAGGGCCGGUGGUGGGGGACGAUGGCAGUUGUAGUCCAGGAACACUUAGGAAGCGGCUGAGUUGCUGCUUGGGCAUUCACGAUGCCCGUCUUCGAUGCCGGGGGAGGCUUGCUAAGCUGGGACCUGUGUUUGGGUGAAGUGGAAGGGCUGGCUGAAAGACUUUGUACCAAUAAAUUAUAUUCAAAUCA